UCAGUCCAGUAACUCUGUGAUUGUGCAAUUUUAUUUGACAAAGGGAGCAAGUGAGCGAGAAAAGUGAUCUCUUGGCCAAUUCAUUGAUAAAGGUUACAAAAAUUGAAGAAAUAUGGAUCUUUUUCCAAAGGCUUCCAGUUCCAGAGGUAACACAGAUUGCAUACAUUUGGAUCUUUUUCCUGAAAUGCCCUGCGGACACAACCCUUCAAAUUCCACAGAUGGAAGAUGCCACAAGCCUUGUGGAGCGUUAUUGUCAUGUGGGUGUGUCUGCAAGGGAGACUGUGAUGCCUGUCACCAGGGCCGGGUACACAAGAUAUGUAAAGAGCCUUGUCAUAAACUUCUUAUUUGCGGACAUACUUGUGAAUUUCCAUGUAAAAUGCUCUGCCCACCUUGUCCACAAAAGUGCGAUACUAAGUGUUCACAUAAACAGUGUACUAGUGUGUGUGGCUCGCCUUGUGAACCAUGCCAGGAACCAUGCACAUGGGCUUGCCCCCAUUUGAAGUGUUCUCGGCCAUGCUCUGAAAUUUGCGACCGUGACAUAUGUGAGCAAGCCUGUUCUGUCUUUCUGAACUGUGGCCAUAAAUGCGUGGGUGUCUGUGGGGAGCUAUGUCCUCCCUGCAAGAUCUGCCACCCUGACAAAUACACAGUUAUCUUCCAUACAGAAGAGGAAAGCUCAAACGAUGCCAGGUGAUUUUCAUAUCUUUUGUUACACUUCAUG